AGUUAAAGGAAGAACGCGUGUCCUAAUAAUACUGGAUAAGCUUUUUAUAUAACGCGUGUGUUAUAAAAACAUAAAUAUGUCUUUGUAUGUGAUUUAAUAAAACAGAUUUAACUGCUCCUACAUGGAAAAUGUGAAGAACCUACUAUUCCUAGAUCCAUCUAACAUAUGGAUAGUUUUCGAUCAUAAAGGGGUAAUUCUACGGGGGAUCAAUACGUUCAUGGAUGACGGUAUAAUCAAGGUGUUAUCAUGGAUUGGUAUAUCAUCUAUGGCAACGUACAGAUACUAUUUCUUGAAGGACAGAAGUGAUAAGACCACGUUAACUAAAAUUACAACAAAAGACAAAGACACAUUAACCGACAGGACAACCAACGACAAAGAAACGUUUACUAAAUGGAAAACACAUAACAAGGAAACAUCAACUGAAUGGAAAGGACCAACCGACUUUAACAAAUACAUGAGAGAAUUGUUUGAACCAGGACAACCAUCUGCCUGUGAGGUAACUGAAGAGAAGAUUGAACUUCUAUGGGAUGUACCGAACGUUGGAGUACAAUUUGUGCAGCAUUACAAGGUUCACUGCAUUAACAUUCACAACAGUUCUCAUAUAUGCUAUACCACACAGGGAAAUUGCUGCAAUUAUACAGUUACGAACUUAAAGCCCGAUACCGAGUAUGAAUUUAAAAUUCAGACAAUAAAAAAUAAUGGAAAUGAAGGACCUUGCAGUAUAUCUUUUAAAAAGUCAACUCUUGAAAAUUUGAGAUACUAUUAGGGUAGUAGGUACACACCUUUUUGUCUUGAUAAUCAUCUAUAUGUGCUAGGAAUUAAAUGAAAUGACAAAUAUAUAGUUUGAAUUUUGCAAUGAAAACCGA